AUGAAGACCAACAAUGGUAAUAUCGAGGGUUUUCGCGGGACACUCAAGGCACAGGCAUCUCAAAGUGUCAAGGUCCCCAUUCAUGUUCACGUCGACGACAAGGGGUUUAUCUGGGUCAAUCUCGAUCCCUCCAAGACUCCUGAAGACUGGUCGAUCGAGUUCAGAGAUAUUGACAGAAUGAAGAGACACGAAUCCUUCAACUUUGAUGACUACAAGUUUGAUCAUACCUGGGGCAUGAGCGGCGACUACAACUGGAAGACACUGGCAGAUAACUACAAUGAGUGUUACCAUUGCAAAACAGCUCACCCUGAUGCCGCUGCUAUAGCGGAUCUUACGGUAUACAAGGUGGAGCCUAAAGGUGGUAACAUCGAGCACUUCGCCAGUGUGAAUGUUGAAGCGGAAGAAUCUGGCUUGAAGGUCGUGAGCAAUUACUACUUUCCCAACGCCUGCAUGACUGUCUCCCCCAUCUUCUUCUACCUGAUGCGAUGUGUGCCUACUUCAGUCAGACAAUGUUCCAUGGAAUACGAAGUCUACCGACACAAAGAUGCUACCGACGAAGGUUUCAAAACGAUCGAUGAAAUGUUCAAGAGGAUUCUGACAGAAGAUAAAUGGCUCUGCAAUAAUGCUCAAAAGAAUCUCAACGCAGGUGUUUUUGUGAACGGGGAGAUGCAUCCCAAGUUGGAGCAAGGCCCUCUAUAUUUUCAACAUCGGGUCCGAGGUAUCUUGACUGCUCACCGUGAGCUGGAAAGGAAGGCCGGAAGGGAAAUUUGA